AUCAAAUUACUCAAGGAAUUCCCGAGUCAUUUUCUGAUCCCCGAUACUCCCAUCGACUGCAUUGUUGCGAAUGGUUAAUUCACAAGGAAUAUGGAAUACAAGAUGCAAGUAAAAAGUAUACGGGCUCACAUUCAUGCCCCGCCGAUCCUUAUCUCGUACGGCAUUGACGUGCAAAUAGCUUGGCGAGAAUAUGGUAUUUCUAGGCCACUUAUCCACGUAUGCCUCCAGAGAGGUACAACAAUGCCUAACUGGCGGGAUCCUAAACUCGAGUUGGAGGUAUCUGGCAUAGAUGUCUCGAAACCGUGUUUCAGUUUACUCGAAGCCCUUGUCAAGAAUACAUCUUGUAUCGAAGCGAGAGACACCCGCGAUUUCGAUUGUACCCCUCUCAUUGCUGCAGCUCGAAGUGGUCUGCAGCAAGUCUUAGACCUACUUCUUUCUCGCGACGCAAACGUCAAUGCGGUAGAUGAGAGAGGAUUCACAGCCCUCCAUGGAGCCUGUGUAAGUGUCAAAACAGGGAUCUUUCUAAGACUUCUCAAAAAGCGGGCUAAAGUCGACGCAAUUACGGACGAAGGCUUGUCACCUCUACACUUUCUAUGUUUGAGGAUCAACAAGCGUGGGUACUACAACUCCUUUAGGAUAUUCAACAUGCUCCUUGGCUUCGGGGCUAAUCCAAUGCUCCGUGCUAAACUCCCCGAGAAUCGGUCUGCCUUAGAAACGUCAAUCCAUCGAAGACAGUUAGAAAUCGCCAAUAUAUUGUUUUCAAAAUGCCCUCCAAUAACAAAUGAAAUCGACAUCUGGCGUUUAUUCAACGUUUAUCUCUCGAACCUCGAUCCGAUUUAUUUAGGGCUUAUUCUCGGAGCGGAUCAACAUGGGAUUCUUCUCCAGAACAGCCAAUGUCUUUUACGCCUCCUACAAUCUGAGCGACCCACAACUGAUUCCGCAAUGAUGCUAUUAGAUAAAAAUAUUCCCUGCGAUGGUAUGUCCGCAGAUGAUGGAAAUACGGUAUUUUGGGCUGCUCGGAACCAAAAGGGUCGAGACUUGAUUGAAAGACUUCUUGCGGAUGGCACAAGCCCCAAUAUCCCAUACAAGACCAAUAGUAUAUGGCAGUGCUCACUCCUUGAAGCAUUAAAAGUCAAAGACAUUGUGAGCAGGAGAAGAUACGUUGAGCUCCUCAUCAAUAAUGGAGCCGAUAUCGACUUACCCCUCAACGCUACGUCUAGUUUCACUACCUUUUCGUAUUUGAUACACUCCGAGGUGCUCAUAGUUAGUGAAAGCGUUGCAGACAUUUUAUUUUGCCCUCGUUCGCUUGAGAAAAUACCUGAGGCCCGCCAAAUUUUCUACCUGAACAGCACGUGCCGCCUGACACACGUGAAGCUUUUCCGAGAGCUAUCAAAUUCCGUAUCUGAUACAGUGACACGGAAAUUUACAAAUCAGUUUGCGCAAGCACUUCCGGUAUCUCGCCUUGUAGACGUCACCGAAUACGCCGAGAAAGUCAACCUCACAAUAGAACACAUGGAUGCCGCCGUUGAUGUCCUAGGCAUGCUUGUAGACCGCGGCUCGAGUUGGACAUCCGAAUGCCCGGACACCAAGAUGCGCGCCGUUGAUGUUCUCGAAGAACUCACGGAUACGAGUCCCGACGACGUUCCGAUGAAGAUUGCCGCCUCGUGGUUAUUAAAGAAGAGAAUUAGCAUUAUCAGCAAUGAUAUGAAUCAUACUAAGGUGAGAUUAAGUACCGAAUGGGCCUCGGACGAGUAUCUGAAAACAAGAACACUUCAACAAUGGGGACUAGCUCUCGAAAUUUUGAAAUCAGGAGAAGCCGAAUCGGACUUUAAAUCAGACUCUGGGUCAGACUCCGACUCGGGAUCGUUGUUCUAGAAAACAUCUGGUUUGGUCAGCGACAUAAAUUUGUUGUUUCCUUUUUCUUUCUUUCUUAUUAGAGGUAUUUCUAAUCAAGCGUAAAUUCAUAAUACGAUUCUCAUUUGGGCGUGAUUCGGUAGGGAUUAAGGCGCUAUUAUCCUUCACGUCAUGACCAAAUGAUUGCCGAGGAAGUCUCGAAACCAUGAAUUCCAUCCCAGUGGAAUCAAGCUCUAUUUUACGAGUUCCUAUAUAUGGAAUAUCCUCAGUUCUUUGAAUUCGACAUUUGAGAAAGAGUAACGGAAGGAUUUAGAGGCGUGUAUGGGUAACGACGACUGAGGUCCGCUCAAUACGACAUUGGAAGCUAAAAC